CGGGGGCGGCGGGAGCGGCGGGAGCAGGGUGGGCCGGGUUCCAUGGCGCCGGCGGCGACGGUCUGAGCAGAGCGGGCAGUGCCGGGCGGCGGCGGGGCCGGGCCGCGUCUCUUCCUCGCCAUGGGGGACGUGCUGUCCACGCACCUGGACGAUGCUCGGCGCCAGCACAUCGCAGAGAAAACCGGGAAGAUCCUGACGGAGUUCCUCCAUUUCUACAAGGACCAGUAUGGCGUCGCUCUGUUCAGCAGCAUGCGCCACGAGAUUGAGGGCACGGGGCUGCCGCAGGCCCAGCUUCUCUGGCGCAAGGUGCCGCUGGAUGAGCGCAUCAUCUUCUCGGGGAACCUCUUCCAGUACCAGGAGGACAACAAGAAGUGGAGGAACCGCUUCAGCCUCGUGCCCCACAAUUACGGGCUGGUGCUCUACGAGAACAAAGUGGCCUAUGAGCGGCAGGCCCCACCCCGAGUCAUUAUCAACAGUGCAGGCUACAAAAUCCUCACCUCCGUGGACCAGUACCUGGAACUUGUUGGCAACUCCUUACCAGGGACCACGUCAAAAUCGGGCUCCACCCCUAUUCUCAAGUGCCCAACGCAGUUCCCAGUCAUCCUCUGGCACCCCUCUGCACGGCACUACUACUUCUGCUUGAUGACAGAGGCUGAGCAGGACAAGUGGCAGGCUGUCCUGCAGGACUGCAUCCGACACUGCAACAAUGGGAUCCCUGAGGACUCCAAGGUGGAGGGCCCUGCAUUCACUGACGCCAUCCGCAUGUAUCGCCAGUCAAAGGAGCUGUAUGGCACCUGGGAGAUGCUGUGUGGGAAUGAGGUGCAGAUCCUGAGUAACCUGGUGAUGGAGGAGCUGGGCCCUGAACUGAAGGCUGAGCUCGCGCCGCGGCUGAAGGGAAAACCGCAGGAGCGCCAGCGGCAGUGGAUCCAGAUCUCGGACGCUGUGUACCGCCUGGUGUACGAGCAGGCCAAGGCCCGCUUUGAGGACGUGCUGUCCAAGCUGCAGCAGGCCCGGCCGGCCAUGGAGGCGGUCAUCCGCACCGACAUGGACCAGAUCAUCACUUCCAAGGAGCACCUGGCCAGCAAGAUCCGAGCCUUCAUCCUCCCCAAGGCGGAGGUGUGUGUGCGGAACCACGUGCAGCCCUACAUCCCGUCCAUCCUGGAGGCCCUGAUGGUGCCCACCAGCCAGGGCUUCACUGAGGUGCGCGAUGUCUUCUUCAAGGAGGUCACUGACAUGAACCUCAACGUCAUCAACGAGGGCGGCAUCGACAAGCUGGGCGAGUACAUGGAGAAACUGUCCCAGCUGGCAUACCACCCCCUCAAGAUGCAGAGCUGCUAUGAGAAGAUGGAGCCGCUGCGGCUUGAUGGGCUGCAGCAGCGUUUUGACAUGUCCAGCACAUCCGUGUUUAAGCAGCGAGCCCAGAUCCAUAUGCGUGAGCAAAUGGACAAUGCCGUGUACACCUUUGAGACCCUCCUGCACCAGGAGCUGGGGAAGGGGCCCACCAAGGAGGAGCUCUGCAAGUCGAUUCAGCGGAUCCUGGAGCGGGUCCUGAAGAAAUACGACUACGACAGCAGCUCCGUGCGGAAGCGCUUCUUCCGGGAGGCGCUGCUGCAGAUCACCAUCCCAUUCCUGCUCAAGAAGCUGGCUCCCACCUGCAAGUCGGAGCUGCCACGGUUCCAGGAGCUGAUCUUCGAGGACUUUGCUAGGUUCAUCCUGGUGGAGAACACCUAUGAGGAGGUGGUGCUGCAGACCGUCAUGAAGGACAUCAUGCAGGCUGUGAAGGAGGCCGCAGUGCAGAGGAAGCACAACCUGUAUCGGGACAGCAUCGUCAUGCACAACAGUGACCCCAACCUGCACCUGCUGGCUGAGGGUGUGCCCAUCGACUGGGGCGAGGAGUACGGUGGGGGCAGUGGCAGCCCCAGCACCCCCGAAGCAGCCACCGUCUCGGAGAAGCGACGGCGUGCCAAGCAGGUGGUAUCUGUGGUCCAGGAUGAGGAGGAAGGGCUGCCCUUAGAGGCCAGCCCUGAGCCCCCGUCCCCGGGGUCCCCGGACAGUGUCACCGAGCUCCGUGGCCUGCUGGCUCAGGAUCUGCGGGCCGACAGCCCCCCGCUGGCUGGUCCCCUGCUCAACGGGGGCCCCUCCCAGGAGAGUCCCCAGCCCGAGGCAGGCCCCGAGGCCUCCUCGCCGCCAGCUUCACCCCUCCAGCAUCUCCCACCUGGAAAGGCCGUGGACCUUGAGCUGCCCAAGCCCAGUGACCAGGAGACGGGAGAGCAGGUGUCCAGCCCUGGUAGCCGCCCCCCGAUCCAUACCACCACCGAGGACAGCGCGGGAGUGCAGACUGAGUUCUAGGCCGGUCCGUCCCGGCACUGUUGGACACAGCACAUGGGGCACUCGCUGGGCUCGGCUCCAGCAUGGGGUCCCCCAGCUCUGCCUUGCAGGGUCGGGAGGGGCAGGGGCUGGUAUGGCGCCGCAGGGCUUGGCUGAGAGGGGCCUGUCUGAGUCACUUUAUUGGGUUCGGUCAACACUUUACUGCUCCCUGUUUUCUCUUCUAUUGGAUGAUCUCCGAUGCAGGGUCUGGUUUUGGGGUUUUCCUCCUAUGCUGGGAGCUGGGGCACAGUGAAGGGGGGCUGGGGAGCUCCCAGUGGGUGCCUGCUCCCUGGGCCCCUUCCUCCGUGGCCCCCAUUUCCUUCACGGGCCUUGCCGUCCUUCUCGGAAAGAGGGAGAUAAAAGCAUUGUGUCCUGGGACUCAAAGCCAGCGAGUUCUUGUCCAUUCACGCUGGGGCUUGCUGGAACUGGAGGAAAUGCUGUGGCCCCGUACGUGGGUACUUCUGUCCUCCCUGCUCCUCCCAGCUGGGCCCUGAAGGCAGUUUUGGGAGUGGACACUGGCCUCACCUUCCCUGCUGAGUGAGGGGAGAUGCUGUUGGGGGUGUGGGGGGAUCAUGGGCGAGGACAGAGAGUGGGGUCUUCGGGCUGGAGCCAGGCUGGGGGUUGCUGUGAGUAGAGGCGGGUUUUUGGGGUCUGCCUCAUAGAGGCGGCUUGGGGAUGGAAAGCGAAAGGCAGGCAAUGUGCUGGUUUGUGGGGGGCAGGUGUCCCGAGGAAAGGCAAGAGGCAGCCUCUGGGGAGACACAACAGUGUCUGGAGUGGGCGCUGGAGUGGGAAGCCGAGCUGGCAGAUGUGAGGGUUGUGGGAAGCCAGAGCAGGGCUUUUGCCUCUCUCCCCCGGUCCCCAGCUCUUCCUUCCACCCUCAGCUCUUUGCAACUUGCCAGGGAUCUGUGGGUCUCUGGGGUUCCCCCGGCCCCCCCUUCUCCUUGGCACCCACACUCAUGCCUCCGGCUGGGGCCUCAAGUAUGAGGGGAGGCUGGCAAGUUGCACAAAGGCAGAGGUGUAGUGGGCUGUGGGCUUCGUCUUCUCUGGACCACCCCCAAGGUACUCACCGCCCUAGGGGAGCUGGAUGGGACUCCUGAGGGCCAGAGGGAGGGCCAUGGCUGCCCACGAUGCCACCCCUGGCCCUUUCUGAGGGUUUGGGAGAGGGGCCAUGGCUUGACCCCUGCUGCCUCUGAGUCACCAAGUCACCGCACUCUGAAAAUUCCAGGCCCUUUUGAAAUGUUUUGUGAGUCACUUCCAGGCCCAGCCUGUCCUCUCUUCCUCAACUUCUUGUUCCUGAGGUGAGGUCAGGCCGGAGCAGCCCCAGCUUGGCAACCCCACCCCGCAGGGGCCCGAGCCUGCUGUGAGGGGAGGGAGGGCAGGGAGACACUGAUGACCUCAGCGCCCGGGUCGGGGUCCUCUCCACCCCCCACCCCCAGCCCUGCAGCCUCCUUCCCCUAGACCUGCUUCCCGGGGUGGGUGGGGGCCUUAGACCCACAAGACGUGCGGUGGUGGCUGGUCUCAGGGACCCUCCCCACCAGCCCCAACCUUAAACACAUCACUAACCUUUUCUACUGACACAUUCCAUCUUAAGAUGCUCUCCUCUAGUGCCUUCUUUUGGGGUUUUCCAAGCAUCCUUCCCAGAUUCUGUAUUGGAAAUAUUACGCAAACUGUUUAAGCUUCUACUAAUCAAUAAAUGCUUUAAAGCCA